GAGAGAUUGAGCAUAGCCUAAGAAAAGCAUUCAUUGCAAAAACGUACCACGAACGUUUCGUUUUUCAAUCUAACAAUAGGCCUAAGCCUAGGUUGCUUCUUGCAAUAAUUGUAAGCCCAUCAGAGAUAAGAAUCAGAAUGCAACUUUGGCUUGUGAGAUUAUGUGCGACAUAGGUCGGUGAGAGUAGGCUGGCUAUAGGUGAUUUAAGGUUACCGGCGGUCGUUGUUGGGUUAUUGAACUGGCGCAACCCCCAACAUCUCGUAUCAGCUGUGUGUGUUCAGUGAGCGCUAUUGUGCAAGAGAUAUCAGGCGCAUCCCAGGAUGAUAACAAUGCAAGCGGUGGCCUCAAGCCAAAGAAAGAUUUAGGCUAGCCUAUGAUGGAUGAAGAUGCAUUGGCUAAUUUCCCUUUGAUUACGCAUUCCUCCCAAAAGCUUGCAGUUAUGGUGACGGUGACUGACAUUUUCGGAGCGAUGAUCUGAAGCCAUUCUAGAGGCGACGCGCAGGAGACCGCAGGUGGAGCGCCGAAGCGCCUAUUUGUGCAUAAUGUCUGCAAAGGGGCAAGUGGGUUACACCUAUGAAUUCCAGGAUGUUUCGCACCCAGCACAAUUCUUAGACUCCAUGUGGGAGUGUUACACAGAAGGGCUCUUUACAGACGUUACACUGCAGUGCAACACUGGUCAGUUGUUCCACUGCCACAGAGCAGCGCUAGCUGCGCGUAGCCCCUUUUUCAAAGUGAUGUUUACAACAGACAUGCGUGAGAAGACUGAUGGCUUGGUGCGACUGCCGGGCAUAGAUAGCGAAGUCCUCAGCAUGCUCAUAGAGUUUAUGUACACCUCCACGGUGAUGAUAACCCAGGGGAAUGUGGAGAAGCUCCUAGAGGCUGCGGACAUGCUGCAGGUCAGACCGAUUAAGACUGCAUGUGAGGAGUUCCUGGUGCGUCUUCUGGAUGUAGACAACUGUCUGGGCAUGCAAGCAUUUGCUGAGCACCACGCAUGCUCAAGUUUAGAACGAGAGGCACAGAGGAUGGUGCUCUUCCAGUUUGAGGAGCUCAUCAGCCAGGAGGAGUUCUUGGAGGUCAGCCUUGAGCGCCUUCGCUCCCUUCUCUCCACCAAGAACCUCAACGUGAGGAAGCAGGAGGUUCUGGUGGAUGCCCUGAUCAAAUGGGUCAGCCAUGGAGCCCUGACUCGUCUGGGCCUUACCCGGGCCUUGCUGCACUGCAUAAACAUGGACCUGGAUGAAAAGAACUUCUUCAGGAACAUCCUAAAGUCCCAAAGGAACUGCUCAGACCUUAGUGGGACAGAGCGGAUCAGUUCUGCUCUCAUGUCCUCCCUUCUGCCUGGUUUCACCAUCACACGUCUCAGCUGCAAGAAGCCCACCACCAGCAUGUACAUAAUAGGAGGCUACCACUGGCAUCCGCUCUCUGAGGUCCACAUUUGGGACCCACUGUCAAACACAUGGGCCCAGGGCACAGAUAUGCCCGACCACACCCGAGAGAGCUACAGCAUCACCCAGCUGGGGCCCAGCAUCUAUGUCACGGGGGGCUAUCGGACAGACAAAGUCGAGGCCCUGAACACCGUGUGGGUGUACAAUAGCGACCAUGACGAGUGGGCUCCCGGAUGCCCUAUGUUGGGGGAGCGCUACUACCACUGCUCCGUGGCCAUGCAUGGGUGUGUGUAUGCCAUCGGGGGCUACAGACGAGGAGCUCCUACUGCUGAGACGGAAUUCUAUGACCCACUCAAGAAGAAGUGGUUCCCAGUGGCAAAUAUGAUCCAAGGUGUGGGGAAUGCCACAGCAUGUGUUUUACAUGAUACCAUUUAUGUAACUGGUGGCCAUUAUGGCUACAAAGGAAGCUGCACAUAUGAGAAGAUCCAGAUGUACAGGGCAGAUCUGAAUGAAUGGAGCAUCGUCACCACCUGUCCCCACCCAGAGUACGGUCUCUGCUCAGUCUCGCUGAACAACAGGCUUUAUGUGGUAGGAGGCCAGACCACUGUGACAGACUGCUACGACCCAAAAACAGACAAGUGGAUCAAACUCUCAGACAUGAAAGAGAGGAGGAUGGAGUGUGGUGCCGUAGCCAUGAAUGGCUGCAUUUAUGUGACUGGUGGUUACUCAUACACCAAAGGCACAUACCUGCACAGCAUGGAGCGGUUCGACCCAGAACAGGCCACCUGGGAGAUUGUGGGUACACUGCCCAGUGCAGCAAGAUCACAUGGAUGUGUUUUUGUUUACAAUCUGUAGCAUGGAGUUGAUGCAUUAUCCUGGAGUAUAAGUAUAUAUACUCUUUUGA